CCCAGGACGCCACCUCAUUUGCAUGAAUUCUGCAGACAAUGUCUUAUUCCAGCUGUUGUAACCCAUUGCGUUCAACCUAUCCCCGCCGAAGUCGCCCCGGUUGCCGCUCUGCCUUUGACUCCACCGCAACAAGCUCCAAAGUCAACACUUUCCUGGCGAAUACAAUAAUUGAAGUGAAAACACAUGAUCCAGCACUUAUAAGGAACAAACAACGCAGCCACGAGCUCAAAGCCUUUCUUGACAGGCCCCACGCCCUUCUCUAUAUUACAUUGAGCACUGCCACGAUCUAAUUACUUCCUUAGUUUAUCCAAUCUUAUCUGAGCGGUCUCAGCGAGCCGCGAGUGAGGAAGGAUGGGCCGAAUAACGGAGCGCCUCAUCCGCUCGAGGGCGGAGCACAACGAGGGCAUGGUCUCGACACUCGAGGAGGUCGCGCUGCACCAGCAGAACAUUGAAAAGAUUGAGGCGUUGGGGCAACUAUGUCCGAAGCUGAAGAUUUUGUAUCUGCAGAACAACCUUAUAGGGAAAAUACAGAACUUGCACAAGCUCAAGGAGCUGGAGUACCUGAACCUGGCGGUGAACAACGUGACAAAGAUCCAGAACCUGCAGCGCUGCGAGAGCCUUAAAAAGCUGGACCUCACAAUCAACUUUGUCAGCAAGGCGGGGCUGCUCACGGUGGAGAGCUUGCGGCACAACAUCCAUCUGGAGGAGCUGUACCUGCUGGGCAACCCCUGCGCCGACUGGCCCGGCUAUCGGCAGUUCGUGGUGGCCAAGCUACCGCACCUGGCCAAGCUGGACGGCCAGGCCAUAAAGCCCAGUGAGCGCAUCGCGGCGGCGCAGGCGCUGCCCGAGCUGGAGGCGUCCCUGGCGGCGGAGCUGGCGGCGGAGGGGGUGGACGUGGCGGCGGCGGGGCAGGUGGAGGACGACUCGUUGUACGACGAGGACGGCAUCGCGGCGGGCGAGGUGCCGGAGACGGGCUACGUGGAUGAGGCGGGCGAGCUGCGGCGGCCGUGGUGCCCAGCCACGCGCAUCCUGGAGCACAGGGAGCAGGAAAAGGCGAACCGGGAAGCCGACGAGAAGAAGAAAGCCGCCUCGGAGAACAAGGCGGUGGUGGAGCCCACGCCCGGCCGGCCGCAGCGCCGGGACGAGCUGCCGCCGCUGGAGGACGGCGAGCGGGUGUACCAGAAGAACGAGGGCAGGUGGGAAUUCUCUCUGGAGGAGUCGCCUGACGGGCGGGCGCUGGUGCUGGAGGUGGGCGUGGGCAGGUUCCUGGACACCAGCCUCAUACAGACGGACCUGCAGCCCACGUACGUGCGGGUGCUGGUCAAGGGCAAGCUGCUUCAGCUGCUGCUGCCCUGCGAGGUGCGGCCCGACGCCGCCACCGCGCAGCGCAACAUGACCACGGGCCAGCUGAUGUUGACCAUGCCAAAGGAGAACCCCGGAGAGCCCAUCACCGACGUGUCCAAGCUGCGACCCAAGGUGCCCGGCACCUCGGGAACCGCCUCCGUCUCGGCCGUCGCGGCGGUGGCGGCGGCAGCAGCGGCGGCAGGGGCUGCAGGCGCAGCCGGGAGAGGCGGCGGCGCGGGGGCGGCGGGGGGCGGUGGCAGCGGCACGUCAAUCUACAACAUUGUGAAAAAGCCAGGGGAGGCGGACUUCGUGAUGCAGGAGGUGCGCAAGGCGGCAGUGGUGGCGGCGGCAGAUGACGAUGACGAGCCGCCGGCAUUGUAGCAUCGCUUUUAGACUGACACGCGGCUCAGCCCGGCAAGGAUUAAGAUUCGGGCUUAUGCGUGAGAGAGCGGAAGUGAGUGAGCAGACCAGGGCAGGAAGAGGGAGACCCUUGUUGAGCUGGGUAGAGCUGGUGAGCGAGCGAUCGAGAGGAGGAGGGUGGGAAGAGGGCCGGGACCCGUCAGGCCCCGUCGGGCGCCGAAGAACGUGUAUGGGGGGGUUGGUUUGAGUUCGGCGAUUCUGAACCCCCCACACACGUUCAGUUUACAGAGGCGGGGUGGGACUGGGUGGGCAUGAUUGCGCAGGUGGCUAACGUUGCGCAAGGGUGCCCGCAGGUUCGAACGGACCUGCACGGACUGUCGGUUCCGGAUUCCACGGAUGUAACGAACGUCUACUGGGUUUUACGGCUGUCUGAGGGGCGUUGGAAACGGUGGUCGUCAGUGGGACUGGUGGGGACGGUGGGAAUCGGUGGGGAUCGGUGGGAAUGGGUGGGAACGGGGGAGCCGAACAGGGGGGACCGGCCCUUGCAGGUGCCGACCGAGUUUACUGAUUUCGCUGUAAGCAUGGGCGUAG